AUGUAAUAUUUUGUCAAACCUUUCAUUCGCAUACCCCUCUAUCAUUAUUCAUAAUUCAUCCCUUCUAUUGCAUCAACCCUUAAAAAUCUUUCUCCUACUUAACUUACUUAAUUCCAUCAACUUAUUUAAAAUGAUGACGAAAAACAACUUAAAUUGAUUGCCUAUCUAGUUUAAAAACUAAAACCAGGAUUGAUUCCAUAUAAACACAUUUUACUUUAAUAAAUAAGAAGUAGAUCUAUUGAAUCAAAUCAGGAUUUGGAAUAUGCAAUUAAAUUGAUUCAAAAAAUACAAAAUCCAGAAUUCUAUCUUAAUGAAUAUAUUAAUACCAUAUAAGAAAAAAGAAUACAUUCAUGUAUAAUUUAAAUUAAUUAAAAAUAUCCUGGUCUUUGUAAAAGUGAACAGUUAGUAAGAAUAUAAGAACAAUUUCCAGAAUGCACUUAAGAAUUAAUGAACAAAAUGAUUGUAAAUAGAUAGAAUUAACCUAAAUAAUAAAUUUACUAGAAAAUUUAGACAUUUACGCCUAGAGAUAUACCUGAAUAACAUAAUGAGCCAGAAUAAUUAGAGAAACAUAAAUAUAUUACAUAGGGUAAAAUAGUAUUAAGAUUUCCACCUGAACCAAAUGGAUUUUUGCAUUUGGGACAUGUUAGAUCAAUAAGAUUAAAUUUUUAUUCAGCUGAAUAAUUAAAUGGGGAUUGUUAUUUAAGAUAUGAUGAUACUAAUCCUGCAAAUGAAAAGCAAAUAUAUAUUGAUUAAAUAGAAGAUAAUGUAAAAUGGUUUGGACAUAAACCAACUCAUAUAACUUAUGCUUCAGAUUAUUUUCCAUUUAUUUUUGAUUGUGCAAUUAAAUUAAUUAAAGAAAAUAAAGUAUUUUAUUAAAUUAAAGUAUAGGCUUUCAUUUGUGAAUAAAAUAGAGAAGAAAUGAAAGAAUUCAGGCGAAAUAAAUAACCAUCUCCAUAUAGAAAUAGAGAUAUGAAUGAAAGUUUACGUAUUUUUAAUGAAAUGCAAGAAGGAAAAUAUCCUGAGAGUAAAUAUACUUUAAGACUUAAAAUUGAUUAUCAACAUUCAAAUCCUACUUUAAGAGAUCCAGUAGCUUAUAGAGUAUUAUAUACUUAACAUCCUAAAAGUGGUGAUAAAUGGAAAGUAUAUCCAAUGUAUGAUUUUGCACAUUGUAUAUGUGAUUCAUUAGAAAAUAUUACUCAUUCUCUUUGUACUUUAGAAUUUGAGAUAAGAAGGGAAUUAUAUUAUUGGAUAUUAUCAAAUUUGAAUUUAUAUAAACCAUUUGUUUAUGAGUUUUCAAGAUUAAAUGUUUCUAAUAAUAUGUUAUCUAAAAGAAAAAUUGGGAAAAUGAUAGAAAUGGGAAUUGUUAAUGGAUGGGAUGAUCCUCGAUUAUUAACUUUAGCUGGUCUUAGAAAAAGAGGAUAUACACCUUAAGCUAUUAAUGAUUUUAUAGAUUAAGUAAGUGUUCCUAGAGGUGGAAAUGAAUAAAUUAUAUCUAUUAAAUUAUUAGAAAAUUGUAUAAGAAAGGAAUUAGAUAAGAAAGUCCCUAAAAUUAUGGCUAUUCUUAAUCCAAUUUUGAUUGAUGUAGAAAUUGACAAAAAUACUAUUAAAUAAGUUUAUGUUUAAUAAGAUGAUGUAAAGCUUAUUGAUAAUCCAGAAUUUUAUGGUUUAUCACCAAAUAAAUAAGUUUGUCUAAGAUUUUUUGGUGUAGUUCUUUGUGAAGAUAUAAUUUUAGAGAAUGAUAAACCAAAAUAUAUAAAAGUCAAAUUAAUAUCUACAGAUUUAAAUGAUAGAAAGAAAUUAAAAGGUUAAAUUAAUUGGUUAGAUAAAUAAGAUUGUAUAGCUGCAACUGUUAAUGAAUAUUCAUAUCUUUUUGAUACAGAAAAUCCUGCAGAAAUUCCAGAAUUUUGGAAUUAAAUUAAUAAAAAUUCAUUACAAAUCUAUGACGUUAAAGUACCAAAGUCAUUAGAAUAUAAAAUUGGAGAUAGAUUUUAAUUUGAACGUAAUGGAUUUUAUAUAGUGGAUUCACUUAAAGAUGGUCAUAUCUAUUUCAAUAAAAUAGUUGGACUUUCAGAGGGAGAGAAGAAAAAUCUUAAGUGAGU